AUGGCUCUGUGUCCAGGGGCUAACCUGGUCCUCCCUGAGGACCCAAAGAUGACACCAAGUCUCAACCCCUGUGGGGCCCCAAGUUUAGGCCCAGAUAACAUCCCUGGGCCCAACCCAGACCUGGGUGUUGUUCCUUUAUUGAACCCACCCCUAAGACCGAGCUUAGCUCCCAUGCCAGAUCUUAACACAACUCUGAGCCUUGCCUCAGGGACCGAUAACACCUCAAGGCCUGACGACAGCAGGGCCAUGGCUCCUGACUCUGGCCAGGUCACCAGUUCUUGCUCUGAUGAAGCCCCAGACCUGGAUUUGAGUCACAUCUUGAGGGCUGACGCACAGAGGGCUCUCUGUCCAGCCUCAAAUCCCAUUCUGAGCCUUGAAUCCACGGAGGCCACCACUCAGAGCUCAGAGAACCACCCUGGGUCAAAUUCUGAAGAGGCCUCCCAGUACCUCUCAAGCAAAACUUUAGAUUUGGGUCAGAGUAACUCCAAUCCUUCUCGGCCUGAAUUAAACCCCUUUUUAAGGCACCAUUCAAGAGAAUCCCUGAUUAUGGGCCACUGUAUCUCCAGGCCAGGCUCCAAAGCACUCCUUAUUCCAGCCUCGGACACUUCUCUGGAUCAUGACUCUAAUCAGCUGCUCAAUGUGGACUCUAGUAACCUCUCCAACCUGAACCUGAAUGUAGCUCCAGAUUCUGGGAACUUAAUUCUGGACACAAACAAGACCACCACGCUGGCUUCUCAUAACAUCUGUGGGUCAGUUUCCAAAGGAACCUUUGGUGCAGCCUGGAGCACAAGUUCUAAGGGGACCAUCAAUAUGACUACAGAUGGAUAUUCCAGAUCUGAUUUGAACAUGACUGUCACUCAGGCCUCGUGUGUGACCCUGAUGCCUGGCUCCAGCGAAGGCAUCAGCCUGCACUCCAGCUCCCAUGGACCCAACUCCCCCGUCACCCCACCCUCGUGCAUGACCCUGCUUCUGGGCUCCAAUGAGACUCUGAGCCUGGGCUCCAGCCUCAUGUUCAGCGAUACCUCCACCUUGACACUGAGCAGCCAGCAGGACUAUUCUGAGGACACCAGCAUCCGUACGGUGCCCCUAGAGGAGAACCUAGAGAGCUGGAGAGAGAUGGCCAGUGUCAAGAUGAGCCAGUUCCCACUGGGACUCCCCACCUGCAAUGCCACCAGCAAGGACAUGACCUUCCAAGACAUCCCUGAGGGUGAGUAAGGCAAGGUGACUUCAUGCCUGGUGAACAUGCCAGAGAAGAGAGAGGAUGGCAACAAAAUGGCUCUGGUUGAGAAUGACAUGGACCUCCAGAAGAACGAGGAUCAGAUGGAAAUGGAAGGAGAGAAGAAGACCAUGAUGAAGAUGAUGAUGGUGCGGGACCCACAUAGGCAGAUCCAGGAAGAGCCACUGGAUUCCCUUUCAAGCUCUGUCCGCCGUCAGGCCAUGGAGACCCUGACUCAGCUGAGUCAAACGCAGCCCACGCUGGGCACACGGGAGAGGUCGGAGCUGGUGCGCACGUGUGUGCGGAGUGUCUUCUCCCUGCCCUCCGUGCAGGCCAUGCAGGAGAAAGAUGAGGCCAAGGCGGAGGCCGUCCAGACACUUUACCAUCAGACCCUGGAUGCCCUGCAGACACUGCUCAAGGCCCUCUUUAUUGAGGACCCCACCCCUGCUGGGCUGAAGAGCAUCUUGGAGCCCCUGGGGCCCUGGAUGAACUCUGGGAAGGCCCAUGAGCGCGCACGGGCUGUGAACAGCAACGUGUCUGUGUUGAACCACACGCUUCUGACCCUGCCUUUCUUUAUGUCCUCGGGGUUCCCGGCACUGGGGCUUCUGCUGGGGAGGCUCAUCCUUCGCAUCGGGGAUCCUGAUGAGGAGAUUGGCCGGGAGGCUCUGGACGGCAUCGUCAUCCUCUAUACUAUCCUGGAGCUCCAAAAACGAGCCAGAGAUAAGGAAGAGACGAACAAGAAGGAGCUGUAUGAGAGCAACAAGCGCUUCCUGGGACCCUACAACCCAGUCAGCCCCUGCCAGAACAUCCUGCGUGUGAUCGCGGAGUUUGGAGACUUCCUGAUCCCAGAAAUCAUGCAGGGCAUCUACCUACAGCUGAGCCAGAUCCAGGAACCACGGGCCCGCGAGGUGGCCCUGCUGCCCGUCUCCCUCCUGGCCAGCUCCUUCAUGACGGAGGUCGUGGUGGCCCUGCUCAUGUGCCCCCUCCCACUGGACAGCAACGGAGCAGAGAUGUGGAGGCAGCUGAUACUGCGCAAGCCCAGCUGUGAUGUCCGAGACCUCCUGGAUCUGCUCCUGACCAGCCUGAAGGAGAAGCCUGUCACCAAGAAAGGGCGGGCCUCCAUUGUGCCCCUAGCGGCAGCCAGCGGCCUGUGCGAGCUCCUGUCCGUCAACAGUUGCGUGGGCCGAGUGAGGCGCAUCUACCCGCAGCUGCUCCUGGCCCUGCUCAUCCAGGUCCAUUACCACAUUGGCCUCAACCUGCCUGGCCGUGUGGCUCCUCGCAAGGACGCCAAGAAGGACGCCCCGCCCCCUGCCUUCGUACCUGUGCGCUGGGUGGUAAAAGUGGUGAAAACCCUGCUGCUGAAGAUGGGCUGCUCUUACGAGGCCACCUUUCUGGAGGACCAGGGUGGCUGGGAGCUCAUGGGACAGGCAGAGAACCACCACCGUGGAGUGUCCCUGCUGGCAAGGGCUAUGGUGCACUACUCCUGCCAGGAGCUAUGCCGCGUCCUCUACCUGCUCAUCCCGCUCCUGGAGCGUGGCGACGAGAAGCACAAGAUCACUGCCACCGCCUUCUUUGUGGAGCUCCUCCAGAUGGAGCAGGUGCGCCGUAUCCCGGAGGAGUACUCUCUGGGGCGCAUGGCUGAGGGCCUGAACCACCGUGACCCCAUCAUGAAGGUGCUGUCCAUCCGGGGCCUGGGCAUCCUGGCCCACAGGGCUGAGAAGGCUGCCAAGGUGCAGGCCCUCCUGCCAUCCAUGGUGAAAGGGCUGAAGGGCAUGGACGGAAUGCUGGUGGUGGAAGCCGUCCACAACCUCAAGACCAUCUUCAAAGGGCAGGACCGGAAGCUGGUGGACAACUCAGUCUUCGUGGAGAUCCUGCAGGUCCUGCUGCCACACUUCAGUGACUCACGAGAGGACGUGCGUUCCUCCUGCAUCAACCUAUAUGGAAAGGUGGUUCAGAAGCUGCGGUCACCACGCACCCAGGCCACGGAGGAGCAGCUGGUCAGCACCCUGGUGCCGCUGCUGCUGAUCAUGCAGGAGGGCAAUGCCAAGGUGGGCCAGAAGUGCGUGAAGACCCUGUUCCGCUGCUCUUGCUUCAUGACUUGGGAGUUGCCAAAAAAAACUUACAGCCAGAAGCCCUGGGACAACCAGCAGCAGGCGGUGAACAAAAUUUGCAAGUUCCUUGUGAACACCUACCGAGACAGUGCCUUCACAUUCCUCAGCCAGAGCCUGGAGUAUGCCAAGAACCCACGGGCCUCCCUCCGGAAGUCUUCGGUCAUGUUCAUAGGGUCCCUGGUCCCCUGCAUGGAGAGCAUAAUGACAGAGGAUCGUCUGAAUGAGGUGAAAACUGCUCUGGAAAACUUGAGACAUGACCCAGAAGCAUCAGUCUGCAUCUACGCAGCCCAGGCCCAGGACCACAUCCUGGCCAGCUGCUGGAGGAACUCCUGGCCACAGCCGCACGGGGACUUGUGGGUUUGUGACCCGUCUGCCACGCACCGCUGGAGCCCCAGCUGCGAGCACCUGCCCACUUCCCACCAGCGACGCUCCUGGAUCAUGCAGGCACUGGGCUCCUGGAAGAUGUCCCUGAAGCAGUGA